CCAAUCUCAACAUAUACAACAAUCAGACAACACGAUGCCAAUUUUUGAACCCAUCAAAGAUGCCAUACUAUAUACAUGGCACACCAACUCCACCCUGCGCUUCUGCUGUAAACUCGUCACUUGCCCUCUCUUUGGUCUGUGUUAUUGGAUCAGAUACAUAGGACCCAUCACCUUCCAUAAGUGCCCAGGGCCUCCCGCUCCGCCUAGAAGACAGCAUGCCUUGGCUAACAUCGAAUAUCGGAGACGCGUGCGUCGUUUGAAGAAAAGAAAGCGCAGUGUUUCGGUUGAUAGGACCCGGGGGCUAUGGAGGAAGAAUGCGGAAGAUCAAUCGCAGAGUCCGUUCCUUGCUAAACUGCCCGCGACUAUGAUUGCUACAAAUAUUGGGACUGUUGGGAUAAAGGCGGCGUCGGGUUGCAACACCAAGAUGCUGAGAACUUGCAAGAAAAUGUACCGCGAGGCCAUUCCGCUCCUCUACUCUCAGAACACGUUCAAAUUCGAAGGUUACAAGGUACUGUCGAUCUUUACGUCGACAAUCCUUCCGCAACGCCUCGCUUCGAUCCGAAAUAUCGUUAUCGAUGAUACACAUGACCUUCUUGCGUCGCUUGGGGGUAUCGCAGAUCUUGGAGAGGUGGUACUGAGGUACCGUCUACGCGAGAAUAAAUACAGACUAAUUCCCCGCUUACAUGAAUUUGCGCUCCUUGAAAAGUGGGAGAAAGAGGAGAGGCCAAGAGGGUAUGAGAUGUUUUAUGAGAUGUUGGAUGUUCACCCUGGGCCGAAGAUUGAUGGUAUGUUGUUUGAUCGGUGGGUUAUUGGUGAGAGGAAGAGUAUAUGCAGGGUGGAUUCAAAUGAAGACGUCGAAUAAAUACUUUCGUAAGUAUCAGGAAAGACGAGGAAGUAAAGACAUACUGAGAAUAUGUAAUUAGAC